AUGGCUAUCCCCACGACUGCCGUUCUCGCGGGUUCUACGUUGCUUUUCGCCUUGUGGACCGCUGUCUCUAUGUUUCGGCAGUACUUGCGCCUUCGUCACAUCCGAGGACCCCGUCUGGCCGGGUUCUCGCAGUGGUGGUUGGUUCGACGUGUUGGCGGCGGCCGCACGCACCUCGAUCUCUACGAGGUCUGUGAAAAAUAUGGUGAUAUUGCUCGCGUCGGCCCCAAUGAUCUUAUCACCAGUGACCCCGAUCUUAUGAAGCGGAUGCUUAAUGUUCGCACGACAUAUAAGCGAUCUGAAUGGUACGAUGGCAUGCGACUCGACCCUGCCAAGGAUAAUGUUCUCUCCAUGCGUAAUGACGAGCUGCAUGGCAAGCUACGGUCCAAAAUGGCCGCCGGGUAUUCUGGGAAGGAGGUCGAUAAUCUCGAGGCCAAGAUCGACACCAAUGUCCUCGCGCUACUCAACCUCCUUGAAACAAAAUACAUUGACCUGAACAAGGCCUUUGAUUUUGGCCGCAAAGCCCAGUACUUCACGCUCGAUGUCAUUUCGGACCUCGCCUUUGGCACGCCCUUUGGCGAUGUUGCCUCCGACUCGGACGUCUACGAAUACAUUCAGACAAUGGAGGACAACAUGCCGACGAUCAUCGUCACAUCCGUCAUCCCCUGGCUUGUUGCCAUGAUACAGCAUCCGCUCUUCAAGUUCCUCCAUCCCUCCGAGAAGGAUCUCAUUGGCCUUGGGCGCACCAUGGCCAUCGCGAAGCAGGUGGCAGCCGAGAGAUUUGGCCCCGACCGCAAGGUUCAACGCGACAUGCUGGGCUCAUUCGUUGCUAAAGGACUCACGCAGUCAGAGGUCGAGUCAGAGAUUCUCAUGCAGAUCCUCGCGGGGUCGGACACCACGGCCACGGCUAUCCGUGCGACCCUCCUGCACAUCAUUACCGCGCCACGCGUCGUUGCCCGUCUGUUAGAGGAAAUUAGCGCUGCGCGUCCGAGCAAGCCUAUCAUAACAGAUGCAGAGGCAAGAGCGAUGCCGUACCUUCAGGCUGUCAUCAAAGAGGGACUGCGGAUCUUCCCACCUGUCGUAGGCCUCAUGUCGAAGGAGGUUCCAGCCGGCGGAGACACGUUCAAGGGGGUGUUUCUACCCGAGGGCACGAAGAUCGGAUACUGUGCCUGGGGCAUCUUUCGCCGCGAGGACGUUUGGGGGAAGGAUUCGCAUGAAUUCCGACCAGAGAGGUGGUUGGAAGCAGACCAGGAGACACUCCAGAACAUGGAAGGCACUCUUGAUUUGGUGUUCGGGUACGGCCGCUGGCAAUGUCUUGGGCGAAACGUGGCGUUGAUGGAGCUGAACAAGGUGUUUGUCGAACUUGUGAGGCGUUACGAUCUCUCGCUUGUGGAUCCAACCAAGCCAUGGCAUUCGAUCAAUGCUGGCGUCUUUCUCCAGUCCGACUAUUGGAUCCGUGGCUACAGGCGAGAUUUCCAAGGUCAGAAGGCCUGA